AUGGUUGCAUCUGAUGCACGAAGUAUAAGCGACUGCAACAUGACGGCUUCUUACUACCUCAACCGCACCACAUCUUCGCUACAGCCUAAUCGGGCAAUCUCAAAUCUGUCAGCGUUGUUUCCCAAUUUGCAUCAGAUAGCCCCUGAAUGUACAUUGCACCCUCUCCAGUGCAUGAUUCAAGAUGACGCUGUUGAUAGUGAUACUUCCUACUUGAAGGUGACUGUCCGCAGCGCCACUGGCUUGAAUGAACUAAAUAUCUCCUCCAACGAGCAGCAAAUUGCGAAACAGCCAGCCUCUUACCAAAUCACCAAAGCUGCUAUCCAUGGCCUCCUUGCAUCGGCUCACUGUAUGAGUCAGGCGCACGUCACGACGGGGAAAAUCGUGCGUGAGGCUGCAAAGUGCUCGCUCGCUAUGAGUCAGGGCAAGAAGGGAAGCGCCGCCGAUUCCGGGGAUCCGCCAGAUGGGAGCACGUGGCAUGGAUGGGGGAAAAUGGGAUCCAGGCCCAUUGGGAUCAUGGCUAGUUUGGCUGGAGCUGUCACGGGUCGGCAAACCGGGCUAAACUUCGAUUUCUCCAGGUUCGACAAAUUCAACGGGAGGCAAGCCGGAGUGCUGCCAGGGAGCCCCGAAGCCUCCGUCUGGCCACCAGCCCUAACCAAGAACGCCGCGGGAGAAGGCGGAAAAGUGGAAAACCUUGAGAUGGGGAACCUGGAAUCCGCCACCGCGUCGCUGCAUAAGCUUAAUUUGAUCCUCAUGCUUCCCCCAGGUCCGGUGCCGGACCAGCAUGCUCCUGCUGCAUCUUGUGCAAUCGAGAGUCUUUUUGUGCCUGAACGAUGCAUGGUGCGACCGGUGGAGCCGCGAGGCCCAGCAGGAGCCCGAUGUCGGAGCAGGAUUCUGCGGGCGGCAAAUUCCGCUACUCCUUUACUUGUCGUUGUUGCUGCUGCUGCUGCUGCCGCUGAGAUUUGA